AUGGCUUCCUCGUCGGCACCGCAGCAGAGCUAUAACGACGCGAACCACAACCCGUCGCCGUCAUCCGUAUCCGAUGCAAACCACCAACAGCGCCAGCAGCCGCCGAAUCCCCCGCUCGAGGAUGCAGACAGCGACCAGGCACGCGACUCGGAUGCCGACCACGACGCGCCCGAUGACGGCGACGAGCAUGACGGCUCGUCGCGCAAGCGCAAGCGGCCCAUGUCCGUCUCCUGCGAGCUGUGCAAGCAGCGCAAGGUGAAGUGCGACCGUGGCCAGCCCUCCUGCGGCUGGUGCGUCCGCAACAAUCAGCUAUGCGAGUAUAAAGAGCGCAAGAAGCCGGGCUUGCGCGCCGGCUACGGCAGGGAGCUGGAAGCGCGUCUCGAUCGCCUCGAGGACAUGAUCCAGCGCCAGCAGCACACCAUCCAGCAGCUGGCCUCCAAUCAGAACAGCCACGCCAGCCCCAGCUCUGCUCCCUCCCAGCACGACGCUCCCAUCUUUCACCACACUCCGCCCGUCGUUCAGACGCCCCACGUCCCGAAGCCAGAGGCUGCCUUGUUCCUGCAAAAGUCUUCUGCAUUUCCCCCUGCCCAACCCGGCUUGUCCUUUUCCAGUAGCCUGGCUCUGCCGAACAGUCCUGCGAUUCACCAUGGCGGCAAUGCCUACCAGCAGCAUAUGGGCCAUGGCGUUAGAAACCAUUCAAUCUCAAUGCCCUCGGCUGCCGGCGGCAUGUACAGCAACCACAACGCCCCAUUGGAGUCUCCAAGCCUCAACAUAUCCAUGAACCACCAGCCGCAGCCUGCCAUUAGCUCGCAAGAACCUGAUUUUCCCCCGUACGACCUGCUCUAUGCCCUGGCCGACUUGUACUUCAAGCACAUAAAUACUUGGUGUCCGAUAUUGCAUCGUCGAUCCACGCUAGACUCACUGUUCGGCUCAUCCACCCUGGAGGAAGCAGAUCGAAUAUUGCUUCAUGCGAUAGUUGCAACCACGCUGAGAUUCUCCACGGAUCCUCGUUUGACAAAGGAGAGCCGUGAGCGGUACCACGCCACGUCCAAACAGAAGGUCUUGCUUUAUGGGCUCGAAAAUAGCUCCGUAAAGUCCCUCCAAGCCCUCGUGAUUUUAGCCCUGGAUCUUGUAGGAUUUUCCAAUGGCCCACCAGGCUGGAAUUUGCUGGCUCUCAUCACUCGUUCGGUGGUGCAACUAGGCUUAUCAGUUGAGGCUACAUCAAGUUUGGUCUCGCCUAAUGUGCCGUCCAUCUACACCCUAAGGGCCAUGGUGCUCCCUGAACCGAAGGACUUCAUUGAAGAUGAAAGCCGCCGCAGAUUGUUCUGGAUUGUAUACCUACUUGAUCGCUAUGCCACUAUUGCAACGGCUUUCGAGUUUGCUCUUGACGAAAAGGAGACGGACCGUAAAUUGCCAUGCCGAGAUGACUUCUUCUCUCGAAAUCAGCCAGUGGAGACACGUUGGUUCCGCACCGCAAAGCGAACAGACUACACUCUGAACAAACCUGAAAACCUUGGAUCCUUCUCGUAUUAUGUUGAACUUCUGGGAAUACUGUCGCAAAUUCAUCAAUUUCUGAAGAAACCUGUCGACAUUGGUUCUUUGACGGACGUGGAGCAAUGGCAACGUGAGUUCAGGGAGCUGGAUAACGCGCUGGCGUCGUGGAAGUAUAGUCUUCCGAGUGAUUUUGGAAACAUGUCCCGCAUCUAUGCGACCUCAAAGGCUGACUCGGUGGUGGAUUGUGGCUGGAUUAUGCUUCAUGCCGCUUUCCAUACCACCGUCAUCCGUCUUCACUCUUCAGCAGCUUACCCAACCACCCGCUCUCCAAUCUUCACUCCCUCAUACACCGCCAUUCAGCGCUGCCUUACCGCCGUCGAAGCGAUCACAGGCCUCUGCGAGUACGUCAAAACCAAUGGCAUGCUUUCGCAGCUCGGCACCCCCUUCGCCUUCUCGCUCUGGGUCGCAGCCCGCGUGCUGCUUGUGCACGGCUCGACGAUCGAGCACCACGUCGACCCGGCCAUCAACCCGCUGGUGGAGACACUCCGCGAGCUGGGCACGUACUGGCGAGUGGCAGAGCGGUACGCGACGCUACUACAGCGCGUGCUAGACGAGUACCGCGCUAGCCAGCACGGCCCGGCGGACCUGAACGGCGAGCGCGCGACGCCGAGCACCGUCAGGAUCCUGGCAGACAUGCGCCGGUGCGCCUUCGACCUCGACUUCCUCAUCUCACGCCAGCCGAAGCUGGUCACGGCCAAUGGCAACGGUAACGGCGCUGGCGCCGCCAACGGUUUCCAGCAGCAGCAGCACGCUGGCAACGGCGUAGCAGGCGGCAUGCAGGGCCAGCCUAGCGGUAACAACGGCCGCUACAACAGCCUCUCGGCCACGCCGGCCCGGACCCCGGCCCCAAACGAGCUCGAGUACCUCGACGUCUUUGACUUCUUCAACAUGCCGCGCUUGCCCGUCAAUGGGGUUGGCGCUGCCGCCGGCGCGGGUGUGGACGCAGGUAACGGCCCAGGCGAGCUCUCGGCAGCUGCUGGCGGGCAGCAAGGUGGCGAUGCCGCCGGCAUGGGACAGCAGGCCGGCGGUGUCGAGAUGGGGGAUGGGUUCAACAUCACUAAUUUCAUGGUGGAUGCCAGUGCGGAUUGGUUCGCUAUGAAGGGGAACUGA